AUGGCUGUGGACCCGUGGUUUCAAAAUUGGCAUCCACCAGCAGGUCUGGUGAACACUCCACCGUUUAAUCCAUUUUUAUCAUCUUUUGAAUCAAAGAAAACCUAUCAAAAUAAGUCAAGUAUCCAUGAUUUAAAACAUCUAUCUGCAAGAGGACCAGAUAACAUACUACCAUACCUACUAACACUAAGCCUGGUAAAACACCGUCCUAGGUAUGAAAGAUACGACAGAAAACCACUGGAAAUAUCAGGACCAUUUAAAACUUGGUAUCAUUGGAACGUACUGGACUUUGACUACACCCUUGAUGAAAGGGCAGAAGCCAUAGCUUUCGAGGAGUUUAUACCGGAAAAUAAUUUACCAUUAGGUGUUGAGAUUUACAAGGAUAGAAUAUUUAUAUCUAUGCCUAAAUGGAAACCUGGAGUUCCUGUUACUUUGGCUGUAUUGCCUAGAAUACCUAGGGAGGCUUCUCCCAAAUUAAAGCCUUAUCCGAACUGGAAAUGGCAUAAACACGAUACUUGUGAUGGAAUCGUGUCUGUGUUUAGAGUCCAAGCAGACUCCUGUGGAAGACUAUGGGUUUUAGACUCUGGACUAGUUGAAGUAACCAUAGAACCAAAACAAAUAUGCCCCCCAAAAGUAUUAGUUUUUGAUCUUAACACAGACAAAUUAAUUUAUAAAUACGUUUUCCCACCUGAGUUUAUUAAACAAGACUCCCUAUACUCCAAUAUUUUGGUAGAUAUAAGGGGAAAUAAAUGUGAAAAUGCUCACGUUUAUUUAGCUGACGUAUGGAGGUUUGGUUUGGUUGUAUUUAGUUGGGAGAAAAAACGCGCUUGGAGGGUUACAGACCACUUAUUUUUCCCAGAUCCUUUAGCAGCUAGGUAUACGUUGCACGAUCUUGAAUUUGACUGGACUGAUGGUAUAUUUGGUUUAGCUUUAAGUCCAUAUGAUACAAAUAAAGAUGAUAGGUUGCUCUAUUUUCAUCCUAUGUCGAGUUUUAGAGAGUUCUAUGUUAAAACGUCAGUGAUCUGCAAUGAAACUGGUUGGAUGGAUGUUAAGAAUGCCUUUAAAGUCAUGGGACAAUCUCGUGGACCUUCAGGUCAUGUUUCAACUUCUGCAGUUGACAGGAAUGGUAUAAUGUUCUUUAAUAUGGUUACAAGAGAUACUGUAGGGUGCUGGGAUACAAGAAAACCAUACAAAAGACAAAAUUUGGGCAUCGUAGAUCAAAACCCCGAAACUUUAUUAUUUCCUAACGAUCUCAAAAUCGACCAAGAUCAUAGACAGAGCGUUUGGGUUAUUAGCAAUGGUUUGCCAUAUUAUUUGUACAGAGGGUUGGACACAAAUAAAAUUAAUUUUCGGGUUAUGUCAGCAUACGUAGAUGAAGCCAUUAAUGGCACAAUAUGUGACCCCAAUAUAUCAUAUCCUUCAGUUUUUAUUGAGCAUUCGGGUGAUGAUUGUUAUUAA